AUGGGCGGAGGUCCUAAAGCCAGCGCGGCAAACCUUGAGCCUCUCGGAAAGCGCAGGCGCUUCGAAAACCUGGCGGAUUCCUCUAGCGUGGAGGCAUGCGCGUCACAUGUCCAUGAGGUUAGAAGCGUGAACGACAUGGCUCCAGUUUCCUCUGGUGCCAAGGACAGCCGUAGCGCUCCGCUCUUGAGUACUGAACAGACAACUACCAGCCACACCGAGUCUAAGCUCAACGCGAAAUGGUCAGAUACCGCUCCGGCGCAGGUCGAUGAGCCAGGCGUUUCCCACCCACCAAACGCGGAGGCGCCUUUUUCGACGAUGAGGACCACUAUGACUGGGUCAAUCGCAAACAUACGGAGCGUGAAAGGGACCAAGGAUCCCACAAAGAGAGCUCCUUCUCCGCGAACACGCCUCGAGACCAGUGGAGCUCUCGCGUUGGCCCAGGAAUGGCAAGCGAAGUUCAAACCCCUUCCGAAAAAACCUUCGAUGCCAAAUUCUCUGCAUGAGAUCGACACGCGGGAGCAGUCGAUUCGUAUGGUUAGCGAGCAGCGGAAACUAGACUGGCCUGAUCCAAAGCGAUUACCGGCGAAAAAGAGUAAAUUAAAAGACUACACUUCCAUUGCAACGGGAAAAAUCGAUGAAGAGUCACGCCAGUAUCGUCGCAAGAGCGGCACGGGCCCUCAAGCAUCUGCGGCGAAUCUGGAACCCCUCGGGAAACUCAGAAGAGUGUUCUCACCCAAUGCUUCAGCUGACCGUAGCCCGGAUCCGUCAGGGUAUCAGCAGCCGUCCGCGCAAGUUGCGUCCGUGGACACACCCGCACUUGGUAUCCAGAAGCCAAAGCCAGACGUUGCGCUCGACGCCAUAGGUUUAUCGCAGUCGACGGAGCAUACACCAGAAGGUCGAGAGGUCUUGGCCCCUCUCAAGCAACUCCCGAGUAAGGCGCAAGAUUUUGGACGUAACGCUGCUAGAGCGUUCCAACGCCCCUCGUCACCUCGCAACGAUCCAAGCCUUUUCACGAGAACUAAAAAGACAGGUAACAUUGAUGUGUUCGAGGAUCCCCUUCGAAAGCGUAAGCGCAUCCCGUCUCCUUACCGGCGUCGUGAAGAAUGCAAAAAAGUUGGCCGUUGGGAAGAUCGCGAUCACCGGCGCGACAGCGCACGCAAUGAUGUGCUGGGUAGAGGAAGGUCGUCAGCAACCUUCCUGACACAAUGGACCGAGACGUAUCCUCGUGGAGCUCAUCCCUCCUGUGCGUCAGUCAGGAGGAAAGACCGCGUUAGCGACAGCGAGCGUGAUCGGGCUCCGGCGAGGUAUCAGAACGAGGGGCAGGACAUCGAAGACUAUAGUAACCGCGACCGACGUAUCGAUUCGAGACUUAGAGACGAACGCCGUCCCUAUCGAGACGAUUCUCUUCAUGAGUGGUCUCAUGCAGAGUCCCACCCUUAUCGCCGAGAUCGUUCCGCAUCACCCCGUAGGUCCCACCAUGACCGACAGAGCAAUUGUGACAACAUUCGAUAUCGUGGAGACGACCGCCGUCACCGUGGAGGAACUGAUCUACACGCCCGCAAGGACACUGAGCGCCGAUCCUGGGCUGACUACCAGGGGCGCGAGUAUCGGCACCGUGACACACGACACUUCUAUGAAGUAUCUCGAUCAGCUCGGUACGAAAGUGAUCCCCACAAACAAUCGCGAUCAUCUGAUCAACACCUUCGUUCCGAACACCGACCCGAUUUUCGUGGUGAUGGCAUACAUCCCAUGACAGGAAGAUCUCGAGAUGACCGAUAUCGUGCGCGCGACUUCAACCGGCGUUGA